GUUGGAUCGAUUUCGGUUUGAACCAACCGGCGGUUCGGAACUGGAUGUCAAGUCUAUUCUGACCCGACUUGAUUAGCUUCUGAAUGUUCACCCAAAAUCGCCCCUUCCGAUCGCAUCGCGGCGCAGGACUCUGGAAGUUGGAAGUUGGAAGUUGGAAGUUGAGGGAAUGUUACGCAGGAGAACCGCUCCAAUCGAAUCGCCGUCCGACGGUGAUAGAGGCAACGAAUUUAAUUCCCAAAGCCCUAAGCUCGAUGAUUCUUCCCCAUCUCUGGCUAGAGUAUUCGCCCUGUGUUUGGCUAUGCGAAUGAUUAAUUCGUUGCUUGUGCAAACAUAUUUCAACCCGGACGAGCACUGGCAGGCACUUGAAGUAGCCCAUCGCAUUGCAUUUGGGUAUGGUCAUUUGACGUGGGAAUGGAGAAAAGGUAUAAGGAGUUACUUGCAUCCGCUUCUGUUUGCAGCUCUUUAUAAAGCUCUGGCAUUUCUCCGACUGGAUUCUCCUUGGUUCAUGAUAAGAGCUCCACGGUUAUUCCAGUCCAUGAUUUCUGCCAUAGGUGAUCUGUACCUGUACAAACUUUCGCGUGUUUUGUUUGGAGAUAGUUCUGCAAUUUGGGCUUUAUUUGCGCAGCUAACCAACUGGUUCAUGUUUUUCUGCAUCAAUCGAACAUUGUCAAAUAGUUUGGAGACAGUUUUAACGCUUGUUAGUUUAUACUAUUGGCCCUGCUUGAGACCGUCUCCAAGUGCAGUUCCAUCAGGUUAUAGAUAUUGUGCAUUGUUGGCAGCAGCUGUAGCAUGUGCUAUCCGGCCAACAAGCGCGAUCACAUGGAUUUAUAUUGGCAUUCUAGAGCUGUUCACGACACGCAACAAGCUAAAAUUUGUUUGUCUUGAAGUGGUUCCAAUUGGGGCGCUUGUGCUUGGUCUCACAUUCUUAUUGGAUUAUCUAUUAUACGGGUCAUGGGUCGUUGUCCCUCUUAAUUUCAUGAAGUUCAAUUUCUUUUCCUCUGGUGGAGACUAUUACGGGACGCAUCCAUGGCAUUGGUACAUGACCCAAGGAUUUACCGUCAUGCUUUUUACAUUCAUACCAUUUUCCAUAGCUGGCAUUGUUGAAUCGAAAGAGUGGAAGCUUGCUGGUUUAAUUGCAUGGGUUUUGGGAGUAUAUAGUCUUCUUGGCCACAAAGAAUUCAGGUUCGUUCUUCCCGUGCUUCCUAUAGCACUAAUGUUUUCCGGAUAUUCAUUAUCUGAACUUGGACAAUGUGAGCUCGCAAAAAAGAAAGUGAAUGGAGGUGUGGGCUAUCGUGUCAAGCACUCUCGCAAGCUGAAAAUGGCACUCUUAUUCUUGCUUGUCACAAAUGCUCCAAUGGCAAUAUAUAUGAGUAUGGUUCAUCAGAGAGGAGCCGAAGAUGUCAUGAACUACCUCUCUGAGGCUGUUCGAGACAAAGAAAAUACGAUCAAUCAUAUCCUCUUUCUAACACCUUGCCAUGCAACACCAUACUAUUCAACUUUACACCAAAACAUUCCUAUGUGUUUCCUGGAUUGUACUCCAAGCGAAGAAAGGGUAACAAUGGAUGAGUCUGACCAAUUUCUAGCCAACCCUUUAGACUUUGCAACAAGAUUUGCACAAAAUUGGACUCGACCUAGCCACAUUGUAUUAUUUGAUUCGCAAGAAAAUCUACUCAAGGAGUUCCUACACUCACAUAAUUUCUCUGAGAUCAAAAGAUUCUUUCAUGCUCACUUCAAAGUGGAUCGGGAACUUCAAGCAUCAAUUGUUGUGUAUGGUUUUCGUGAUUGUUAAAUGAGAUCCUGGCGUUACUAUUUAGUAUUCAAAUGAUCUUUGGUGUUGCUCUUGGAAUAGUUGGAAAGACCUUCAAAAUGUAUACUCGAGAUGCCCUUUUCAUUAUUGGGUUGAAAACGCGAACUGCAACUAAUUGUCUGUCGGUGCAAAGAAAUCUUAUUGUUCCUUCCUAUCUCUUGAGUUCUCCAAGAGUUCCUCAAAGUCUUGGAAAAAUUCGAAAAUAUUAUCACUUGGUUGUAGGGCUCUAUUUAAGAUAUACAACGCAAGCAUAUUUAUGUAUUCCAUCUAGCAUAUGAUUCGGUUGUUGAGCUAUUAUUCUCAUUUCAGUAUGAGGUUCUCGUCUUAUUUGAAUAUUAUAGUUGAAAGUCAAAGUCGCGUGAUUGUUUU